AACUUUGUUGGAGAGUUUGAUGCUAGACAUCAUCGUUGAACAAAAUGAGAUGACCCAUAACAUGUAGCCUUCUGCAUGUUAAACAAGUGUCACCAAGUCUCUCCUCAUUUUUCAUGGGUGGCAUCCUAGUUAGCCUCCACAUCAUCGCUGUUACUGACUUAUCAACCUACAUCAGCAACACACCCCAACAAAAAUGGCGCCUCCACUGGGGAGGUCGUCUUAGAGCUUCAUCUUGUUCUACUCUUCUUCAGUGGUAUAAUAUCUUCAACAUUCUUCCUCAACAGUAUUUAUUCAUCUUCAACAAAAUUUUUCUGGUCAUGCCUAUUAUGAGAGCAACUUCGUCUUGCAUCACUGAUGGGAAUCAAGAGCUUGGCCAAGAUGACGGUUCAAGUCAUCUAGGUCUUGCACGAGGAUCAAUAAAGGACUACUCGACUCCUCACCAACAUGAAGACUCAACAGGCUAUGUGAUGGGAAAGAUGACAGCAUAUCUACUACGACAAGGUCAAAAAAGGAGGGAUCGUGACACAGCUUCGCCACCACCUAUUCCUUUCACUAUUGAAGAGCUUGAUGUGUUCCGGGAUCAGUGGAUUGCUAACGAUGCCAUUACAUUGCCUCAGUCGCUCCGUGAGCCUAGCAGUGAUGACAAGUGCAAUCUCAAACAAAAAGUGGAUGAAGACCCUUUCCCAUCCCACAACCAAGGCGCUGUCAAUGUUCUUACUCAUGUGGAGAGCGUCGGAACAAGUGCAUCGAUAGUUGAGUUUCUUGACAAUGCACCCAACCUUUUUGUCCGUGCACUCCAACAAACUCUGAAGUUCAAGAUGUUGUUUAAUCAGCUUGGUCUCACUACUGAAGCACUACGAAGAGCCACAGAAGCCAUCCUCUUUAUCGCUAAUGAAACUAGAGGGAAGUGCCUCAAUUCUGAAGCACAUGCCAACUGUGCUUAUCUGGAGUCCUCCAAUGCCAUCACAUUCACUGACAAAGAUAUGGAGGCACCAUAUCCUGACCAUAGAAAGCCUCUUUAUUUAUCUACUCAAAUCAACUUUAUCGGUGUCAAACAUGCAUUUAUUGAUGCUAGAUCUUCUCUUAAUCUGAUAUCGUUGAGCACCAUCAUCGCUCGACAGUAUCUCACCAAGUCAGCACCGUAUUACCAUCAUGGAACGACAUCAAAAAUAAUCUUGAUCUUGAUCUAUGAAGCAUUCUUGAGCAUAAGAGGCAGAAGGAGGCAACAAAGGCUAUCCAAGCAUGCACAAAAUGCACUCGAACUAUCCUUCUCGAUGGGAGGAUCAAGCAUACUUUAUGAAGCCUUGGUGGCCCAUUCUUUAAAUGUUGAUACUAAAGUGAAGCCAGUUGUGCAGCCAAAUCGUGCCUUCCAUCAAGAAGUUACUCUCAAAAUUAAAGAAGAGAUUGAGAAGCUCUUGGCUACAGGGUUCAUUAAGCUGAACAAGAAGCCCACUUGGCUGGCUUAUAUUGUACCAGUUCAAAAGAAGAAUGGGCAAAUCAGGUGCUGCAUUGACUUCUGUGACCUCAAUAAGGCAUGCCCUAAGAAUGAAUUCUCUGUUCCAAAUAUGGCGUGCUUAUAGACAACGCUGUUGGAUGUGAAACGUACUCUUUCAUGGAUGACAGCAAUAGAUAUAGUCAGAUCAA